AUGCCGAAGAUUCCUCAGCUCUGUACCAAAUUCAACGUGAAGAUUUUAUCACCACAGAAACAGCAUUGAUUUAGUCGGUAACAUGUACACAUAUCCCUUCAGGAGGAAGAUUUAGCUGCUGUUGAACAUGGUUGAUCAUUGAUAAUCAUGCACUUCUUUACUCUCUUUUUGUACAGGAGUUGAAUCUGCCCAAAACAACAUGUGUUCUUCAAGAUGUGAUACCAGGAACCUAUGCAAUUGAGGUUAAGAUUCUCACCUCCCACUACUGCAGUAUUCUCUAGUGGUUGUGACUAUGGCAUAUUAUGAUUAUUAUACAAUCACACUUAAGAAAGAUUAUGGAAAUACUCAUCUAAACCAUAAAGAAACCCUGCAUCUCAGCUGACUCAUAUUUACUGACGUCUUUUGUCCUGCAGCUGAGAGACGACACCAACACCACCAGGGGACAGGCCCAGUACCAUGUGAGCCAAGGUGAGCCUCUGGACCAACACACUAGAUACCAUCACAGCCUCACACUUCUCUGUGGACCAACAACUUAUUUUUACUAGACUCUCAUUACAUUACAUGAGCACGGAUGACUGGAGGACAUUGUUAUCACCUAAGACGUCUCGAGUGUUCUCUGCAACCUUUAAAAGUAUUAAAGUAGUAUGUAUACUUUGUAGAAUUAAAAGCAAGCUCUAAGUGGGAUUCAUGAGAUGUCUUCUAAUUUAUUUAGUCUAAUUUCUACUAUAAUUUCCAGCCCAGUCCCCGUGGGCUGGUCCUAUCAGAGCCAUGGCCAUCACUGUUCCUCUGGUCAUCAUCUCCGCCUUCGCUACACUCUUCACCAUCGUGUGCCGCAAGAAACAACAAGGUACGUUCCUUUAUCAUUUUUUUUUCUUCAUAUUACUACACGUCAUUUUACAUUCAUUCUCCAUUCCGUCUGUUUACUGAGUCUUACCUUUUAAAUUAUUCCAACAUUUACAAACAUCAGGAGACCUUUAGUAGAAUAGGCCAGUGCCACUGUGUCGAUGCAUUUCCCUUCGACCCUCUAUAUGGAAUUAAUGUUUAAUUCAUAUAUUAUCCAUCUAUCUAUCUUAUCUAUCUAGAGAACAUCUACUCCCAUCUGGACGAGGAGAGCUCUGAGUCGUCGUCCCACACCACAGCUCUGAAUGCAGACAGGCCCUGGCCCCGGACCAAGGUGUUUGUCUGCUAUUCCACUAAGGACUGCCCCAAACACCUCGCUGUCAUACAGAGCUUUGCCUUCUUCCUCCAGGACUUCUGUGGCUGUGAGGUAGGCACUAAGCUUCAGAAAUAAUGCUCAUUCGAGCACAAAAGACCUUAUCUAGAUUAUAGCUCCUUAGUUUAGCUCUAUUAAGGGUUGACUGCGGGUUGGCUCAGGCCAGGGAAUUGAAUGUGAUCUGACUACAUGGCAGAAGCUUGAAUGUAUGGGAUGUGUGUUGUGUGUCACCUGCUGGCUAGUAGUGGAAAUACUACUAGUAGUAGAGGAAUUUCUCAGUACAUACUCAAGAAUAGUUUAGUAUUCUCUAAUAAUAAUCCAUAAUAAUGAUAAUGAUAUUAAUAUGCAAUCGUUGCCUGACUAUUGCUGUCUGUGGUUGAAUUAUUCCUAGAGGUGAUGUUAUAACACCUCCUCAUACCUCUGUGAUCCUCUGUGUUGUGUCUUAGGUGACUCUGGACCUGUGGGAGCACCUGCAGAUCUGUAAGGAGGGGCAGAUGACCUGGCUGAGCCGGCAGAUAGACGAGGCUCACUACAUCAUCACUGUCUGCUCCAAGGGCCUCAAGUACUACGUAGAGAAGAAGAGCCGCAGGGGGAAAUCACCAGUCAGAACUAGCCCUGGAGGUGGUUGAUUGGUUUAAUUUAAUUGAUUGAAUUCAUUUCAGUUUAAAAAAAAAUAUAUACAGCCAGUUCAUACAUUUCAUUGCACGUUUUGGAUGUUUUAGGGAAAGGGGAUACCUGGUCAGUUGCUCAACUGAAUGCAUUCAACCGAAAUGUGUCUUCGGCAUUUAACCCAACUCCUCUGAAUCAGAGAGGUGCUGGGGGCUGCCUUAAUCGAUGUCCACGUCAUCGGCGCCCGGGGAGCAGUUGUUGAUGUUGUUGGGGGUUAACUGCCUUGCUCAAGACUUUUUCACCUUGCCCCUCAGGGAUUUGCUCUUAACCGCUCUUAACCGCUAGGCUACCUGCCGCUACCUGUUUUACCUACCCUAGUUAAAUGCACUGACUGUAAAUCGCUCAGGAUCAGUGUUGGGGAACGUUACUUUUAAAAGUAAUUUGUUACUUUCCAUAGUAAGGAACAUUGUAACUUGUUACAUUACUUUUGCGUUACCAAACACAGAAAACCCUCUGAAGAUGCCUUGCUCGUGUUGGUCAUUCAUUCUUAUGCCCAGUAGAGGGCGCACCCUACCUUUGAAUGGCUUGCAUUAUAGCUUACUGCCCGUAGCCUAAUCUAUAACUCUGGGCUAUACCAACUCAAGGACUAAUGACAGAUGUAAUAUCUCCUUUACAAUACUUAAUAUAAAUGAUUUUGUUGAAUUAUUUACACAUGAGUAAAUACAUAUGCAAACCAACUGGCCCAGUAAAAAGAGAGCUCAAAUACAACUGGCUACCAAUCUGUUUUACACAUAUAUGAACUGGCCAGAGAGAUCUAAAACUAUUUGUGUAAUUGUCCUUUUCUUUAUAUUUAUCGUGAAGAAGGAGCUGGAGAAAUGUCUGUUCUUAUCAAUUGAGCAUAACUUGAUCACCUAACUAAGUUGUUUGCUUCAUUACCAGACAGUAAAUGGGGCACUCACCUGAACCCGAUGAUCCUGUGUUUGCGCGUGAAUCCUGCAAGUAUCGUCAGUCAAGUAACAUCUGUACUUUUUCUCUACCAAUUCAAAGUAAUGCGAAUACUUCCACGAUAAAGGCUAUUGUCUCUGCCAUCUCGCUAGCUAUCUACCAGCUACCAUGCCAGCUACCAUGCCAACUACCCGCCACAAUGUUCAUGCAGAAACGUGAAGAGCGCAACAGACGUAGCCGGGGGGGGGGGGGGGGGGGUUUCAUUUUAAAUAUGCGUCAACAAAGAAAAAGGGAAAUAAUAUUGUAAAAGUAACAAAGUAACUGAUUACUUAAAUUGACAAACUAAUGUGUUAGGUUACUCAUUACCACAAAAUAGUCAUCUGAAUACUCUUAACACGUUAUAUAUAACGCGUUACCCCCAACAAUGCUUUGGAUCUUCUGCUAAAUGACCAAAAUGUAAGGAUAACACAAAGCCACUGACUUUAUGUCCACUGGGUUUCUCUUGGUGCAGAUGGUGGAGCAGCAGCGGCAGCAGCCAACGGAGCAGAGCUCUUCAUCGUCGCCGUGGCAAUGAUCGCAGAGAAGCUUCGCGAGGGGUGCCAGAAAGACCAGGACCUGUCUCGCUUCAUGGCCGUCUACUUCGACUACUCCCACGAGAGCGACGUCCCGACCGUCCUGAGCCUGGCUCCGAAGUUCAAGCUCAUGGACCAGCUCCCUCAGAUGUUCAGCCGCCUCCACUCCCGACAGCUCAGUUUACCGGAGCGCGAAUCGCAGCCGCUCAACAUCAGCAAGAGGAACUACUUCAGGAGCAAGUCAGGGCGGUCUCUAUACGUAGCCAUCUGUAACAUGCACCAGCACAUUUCACUGGAGCCUGAUUGGUUCGAGAGGCAGCUGAUGCCCGCCCCCCCAGCCCCGCCUCCGAAGCAGCGUGAUGCUGCUGGAGCAUCUUCAUCAUCAUCAUCAUCACCUCACAUGGAGAAGUUUGACUCUGGGCUGGUGCUCAACGAGGUUCUGUUUAAGUUGCCAUCAGAAAGUGAGGGUACUCUGAAGAGGAAUGUGCUACUCACGUCUCCCCCCCCCAACCUCGGUCUGGCCCACUGCUCCCUGGACGGACCUGUGGGGCCUGGGCCCAGCUCCAGCCUCUCUCAGGGGGAGAUCGGGGGGCUGUCGGGGGCCUCAUCUGGUAUGGGUCCUCUGGGUCUGAGGUCUCUGAGGCCUGUGGUCCCGCUCCAGGCUGGGGACGGCUCGGCCAGUCCUCCCGAAAUGCCCAGGGAUUCGGGGAUCUAUGAUUCGUCAGUGCCUUCCUCUGAGUUGUCCAUCCCCCUCAUGGAGGGCCUGUCACCUGACCAGGCUGACUCCUCCUCUCUGGCCGAAAGCGAAUCAUCUUCUUCCGGACUGGGUAAGAGACCAAUGACUAAAAAUGCCUAAAAGUAUGUUGUAUGACAUUUUCACAUACAAGUAGUCAUGAACCAUAAUUUCCAUAUGUGGUCAUGAAUCAUAAAUCAGAUUGCGAAUGAGUCAGAUUUAAAGCCCAUUGCCUAAAAAUUCCUAAAUUAUGUUGUAUGACAUUUUCACAUUCAAAUACAACAGGACUGAUAAUUAACCAUGGGUCAGAUUGACAAUGAGUCAUCUAAUUUGAAUCGGAGAUUAUUCAGUCAGAUGAGUCAGACUGACAUCAUACCAGAGUUUCGCAAUCCACUCCUGAGGGACUCCUGGUCGUUUCACAGAAUUGUUUUAUACACUGUGUCCAUAUUCAUAAGAAGCAAUUCCCUUCGACCACACCCACAAAUUGGGGAAAACAAACAUUAUUUCCCAUUGACCCCCAUUGUAAAAUAAAAAACAAAACAUGCUGAAAAGCUGUUUUGUUGUUCAAUGGUCCUCUGUAGCUCAGCUGGUAGAGCACGGCGCUUGUAACGCCAAGGUAGUGGGUUCGAUCCCCGGGACCACCCAUACUCAAAAAAAAAUAAAAAUAAAUGUAUGCACGCAUGACUGUAAGUCGCUUUGGAUAAAAGCGUCUGCUAAAUGGCAUUUUAUUAUUUUAUAUUAUAAGUAACUAGGUCAAAAAUCCCGACCUACGGUUUGCAACGCUCCCAUGUAGGGAAAUGGAGCCUCACUCACUAACGUGGCUUCUAGCACUGUCAUGAAAAGGGGUAAGCCCUACAAUAUUAUGUAGUGAGAACAUUCGGGAGCAGGCAAUGUUGAAAAGUAAUCUUUAGACGUGUUGUACUUUUCUUAAAUGUAGUUUUGUAAUUGACUGAAACAAGCAGACAACAAAAAAAGGGUUUGAAAAAGGUUGUUUUCCCCACAGGCGGGUGGGGGCCGUGACGUUCUGUCUAAUACCGACUGGGAGUAUUCAGGGGUGGAAAUUGAAAAAAGUCACUAAUUCCCACCCCUUUCUCUGUUUCACCACUAGCACAUCUGAAUCAACAUGUUCAACUAAUCAUCAAGCCCUUGAUUGGUUGAAACAGCUGUGCUAAAACUACACUGUAUUUUACAUCUGGCCAUGGCCUGUUGCUAACGUCACGUAAUUUGUGUUGAAAUAUGUUUGUUGUGCCUCCAAAAGUUGCUGAAUAUCUCUUCAUCUUGUGUGUCUCCAGGUGAUGAGGAGCCCCCUGCUGUCAGCUCUCUGCGCUGCGCCAUGUCAACCAUCUGUAAAGCUGAGCUCCACCACCACCAUCUUAAGCAGUCUGAAGGACUGGGGCUCCCUCCUGUUCCUGUUCCUCCCUUGUAG